GACACACGUAAGCAAUAAGCCUUCGUCAGAUUGUGGGCCCGUCGGCUGGUAAAUGCGUAGUUGAUACGGUGACUACAGUACAAAGCGAACAGCUGUAUUUUUCCUUCGACGUGUACGCUUCGUUUUGUGCUCAUUUUGCAAAAGACCUCUGUUGAUGCGUUACUCAUGAGGAGAUAGGCUGAGAGGCCGCGGAGUGUCAUCUUGCAGAGAUUUGCGUUGUGAUAAAAGUACCCCGAGGGCGUCGAAGGCGACGAGAAAGCAGCGGUCAAACUGGUCUGUGGCAAGCGUGCGCGCAAGUCUCCGCGACUCGGCACACGAGCAGGAGUCAUGGCGACGGCCAACGACAAGGCUGUUUUGGAGGCGGUCUUCAACCCCCUGUUUUCAGAACUGGGAUUCUCUUGCGACGACGAGGAUUCCGCAGAAAUAUCAGAGUCGGACACGGACACACCGGCCGAAGUGAAGGAACUUGAGGUGGAAGGGGUGCGUGCUGCGGAGAUGCAAAAAAUCGACGAAGCCAUCGAGAUAUUCAGCAAGGCGAUCCAGCUGUGCCCCCGGAGAGCCUCAGGAUACAACAACCGUGCCCAGGCUCUUCGGAUCAAAGGAGACGUUGAGCACGCGCUCGAGGACCUCAACAAUGCCAUCAACCUCAGCGAGGGCAAGGGUCACGCCGCCUGUCAGGCUCUCUGCCAGAGGGGGCUCAUCUACCGGCUGCAGAAGCGUGAUGAGGAGGCCCUCGUCGACUUCAAGCGGGCGGCCAAGCUUGGCAGCCAGUUCGCCAAGGCGCAGGUGGUGCAGAUGAACCCGUACGCCGCACUCUGCAACCAGAUGCUGGGACAGAUGUUUGCCAAGCUGAAACAGGGCGAAGAAAGCACCUGAGGUCGGCCUCGAGGUCGCGCCGAAGAAUGCCCGCGGAUGAUGGGGCACUCUUGGAACUCCGUUACUAGAUAUACCGUAACACUGUGACCUGUGAAAGAGGAAGGGCGAGUCGAUGCGAGUGAUGUCCGCAAUUUUCCAGACCUGAAUGUAAGAGUUGGUCAAUAAAGAAUAUUUUGUAGCGUAAGCUACGCCGGCCGAGGUUGAGCAGUUUCGCAUGG